UGGCAUAAUUGAGACAACUUCUCCUGGGUCUGUUCACACCAUCUGCUGUAAUGGAAAGAGAGGCCAGUUUGUCAGCAUUGUACCUGCUCAAACCUGAUCAUCUGACACUCUGUGAAGUGGAGGUCUAUGGUGAAGAAGUCGUCCCACCCUGCAAACCUGCUUUAAAUGCAAUCAAUAUUGCUACAGAAGGUCUAGCAGAGCAGUCUUCUCAAUAUGCACAUGGAGGAGCUCCAGACCUGGCCAUAGAUGGAAAAAGAAAUCCUAACUAUUUUAAAAGAAGCUGCAGCCACACUGAAAUCACCUAUCCCUCUUGGUGGAGAGUCAAUCUGAAGGCUGUCUAUGCCAUCUCCACAGUAGUUGUCUACAACAGACAGGACUGCUGUGACAUGAGACUGAUGGGGGCUGAAGUCCGAGUUGGCGCUACACCAGAUGUCUCAGAUCAUGUCAAGUAAGUGACUUCAGUACAUUCAUAAUUUAU